AAUCGAUAUUAUCUGAGUCCUCAAUGCUAAUACCCCUUUAAUAUCUCGUGGGUUUUUAUGAGACUGCGUCAUCAGUUUUUUAAUCAAUUGAAAUUGUAAUCAGCUGAUUUUUGGCCAGUCUUAUCUUCAAGGUUUCAGCUUUAAAGAUUUCGGUACCUGUGUCCAGAAGCUUUAGUGAUUGACAACUUUCAGUCAUUUGUGUGUCUUGAAGUUUUACGCCUAAAGUUGUGCCUGGAUUGUUGAUUGCCCGCACACAAUCAUUGUGACUGGAUUGUUGAUUGUUCGCUCACUAAAAAUUCCUGGAUGAUUUAACACUCAGAAUUAUUCAGGGAUACAGUAGAUAGCUUUUCUAGCUUUUCACAUUCAAAAACAGUUUGAUCCAAUCAGCGAAUAGCUUACAUUUGGGUAAGCCAAUCAGCGAAUAGCUUACAUUUGGGUAAGCCAAUCGGUGGACUUUUUACGACAAGCGAGCCAGAGCUGAAUGGUACUCGCCCAUAGAGUCGUGUGUACAGUUAUUGGAACAGCUGACCCAAACAGAUCAGUGUCAAGAUGAGUCUCCUCACCAACAGAGCUGUCACUGUCAUCAACUUGGGGAGGAUGGGUUUCAUGGCCGCUCAUGAUGUCCAGAUGCGCUUUGCCAGGAAACACCUGGACGAGCUGGCAGAUAAACCGUACACCUAUGGGGAGAACACCUUGCUGCUUGUGGAGCACCCACCUGUCUUCACCAUUGGCAUCAGGACUAAAGACUACACCCCAGAGGAUGAGAGCAGACUAAAGGAAACAGGGGCAGAGUUCUAUAAGACCAACCGUGGCGGCCUCAUCACAUUUCAUGGCCCUGGCCAAUUGGUGGCCUAUCCUGUCCUCAAUCUUCAACACUUCAAACCCAGCAUGAAAUGGUACGUGUGCCAGCUGGAGCAGACCAUGGUGAAAAUGUUGAAGACAUUUGGGCUUGAGGGCAGAACCACAGACCAGACCGGCGUUUGGGUCGGGGAAAAGAAAAUUGGUGCAAUAGGCCUACACGGCAGCAGGUAUGUGACCACCCACGGCGUGUCCAUCAAUUGCAACACUGACCUGACCUGGUACAGGCACAUUGUGCCCUGCGGACUGCAAGGGGUCAGGAUGACCAGUAUCUCUAAAGAACUGUCCAAGAACAUCACAUUCCAGGACGCUGUAACGCCAUUCCUGAGGAGCUUCCAAGAAAGUUUUGAGUGUGACAUGGAGUUCAAAAUGCUGGAGGAAAAUGAACUGAAAACCAUCGCCAACCCCAUGACCGUGGGGGGUGACAGCCUGAUCAACAGGUUUGUGGACGCCGGCCAGUCGGCCAUCCCACACGGGAAGAGGGCAGAGAUGGGCCACCGCAACAUGUCCACCAUGUCAGGAGGGGGUACGCACCUCUUCAUCCAGGAGAAGUCUGUUCCCAUGUGGUAGUGUACGCACGUGUACAAGUGCGUGUGUACUCAAACAGUUGUGUAGAAGGUUGUGUAGAUUUUGUACCAAGCUGUACAUAAUGUGUACAGAUCUGUACAAGUUGUGUACAUAGGUUUACAUGUAGGUGUGUGAGGAGAGCUCAGGAAAAAAAUGUUGGCAUUUGCGUGUACGUCAUACAGUAUGUACAUACUAAUUAAAGUGUCUGUAUUUUAAAUUGUGUAUGGUCUAGUGGUCAGGUUCAAAUGUUAACAUCUAUUGGUCAAAUGUUUUGGUCUAGUGGUCAAAUGUUUUGGUCUAGUGGUCAAAUGUUUUGGUCUAGUGGUCAAAUGUUUUUGUGUAGAGCUCAUG